AAUGUAGGCCCACGACAAGAUAGUGCUGUCUCUGAGUUCGAGUGGAGUUAGGCCACACGAGGAGAACAUGUAUUUAUAAUGUCGAGGUAGGCAUUCUAUAUCACUAUAUUGAUUAACAUUCAGACUUCAAUGAUUGGCCCGUGACAGUGUUGUCCAGCGUCUGGUUACAUUAUUGAGAAAAUCAUGUCUUAGUAAAGUCACGCGAACUGAUUUUUGCUUCUACGUUUGGGAGUGAACUCUAGAAACUAUCUUAGUUGAUAAAGCCGAAACAAUUGGUGGCAGGGUGUUCUGAAGUUCUGGCUAGUCCUAGUAGCCAACAGCAGCUUCGCCAUGUCGGAGAGGACACCGCUCCUGCACUAUCGUCUCUCCACAAGCGUCAAUGAGCAGUCGGGGGAGCAUCAUACAUGUCUGCCUGGGGAGACUGUGGAGCAGUCCCUGGCUUUUUCCAGACUGAAGUCGGCGCACCAGAGUCGUCCCAAAAAACUCUCCACAUUCUUUGGGGUGGUGAUACCCACCUUACUGUCUAUGUUCAGCGUGGUGGUCUUCCUACGAAUUGGUUUCGUGGUGGGCCAGUGUGGGCUGUAUCAGGCCAUAGCCAUGUUCUUAGUGGCCUACUUCAUCAUCAGUAUGACUGUGCUGUCUGUGUGUGCCAUCUCAACCAAUGGAGCCCUGGACGCAGGAGGGGCCUACUACAUGAUAAGUCGUGCAUUGGGGCCAGAGUUUGGGGGCAGUCUAGGUGUUAUGUUCUUCCUGGCUAAUGUGUGUAGCAGUGCCCUCUAUAUACUGGGUCUGGUUGAGGCCAUAGUAGCAACUUUUGGGCUUCCAGAAGAUGGGGUGAGCCCAGCGGGUUCCCUCCAGGUGUUGCCAGCUGGGUAUUGGUGGUCGUUGCUCUAUGCCACCGGCAUCCUCCUCCUCUGCCUGCUUGUGUGUCUGGUGGGGGCAGAGAUCUAUGCCAAGGCCUCCUUCCUCAUCUUCCUGGUGGUCAUGAUGGUGCUGGCCAGCAUCUUUAUCAGCUUCUUCGCCAUGCGCCCGCGUACCAUCCUCCUGCCUGCCGCCCUGCCCGUCCACAACAAAACAGGGCCACAGCCACCCAACAUGGCCAACUUUACCGGCUUUAAACUGGACACACUGCUGGGCAACCUGGAUGCUGACUAUGCUGUGGACUACACAACAGGAACCAUGAUGUCCUUUGCCACGGUGUUUGCGGUCAUGUUUAACGGUUGCACAGGCAUCAUGGCCGGAUCCAACAUGUCAGGUGACCUAAAGAACCCUAGCUACUCUAUCCCUCGAGGAACCAUCACAGCUGUCAUCUUCACCUUCAUCAUCUACAACCUCCUCAGUCUGAUGGUGGCCUGCUCCUGUGACCGUAUUCUCCUCCAGAGGGACUACAGUUUCCUGCGGGACAUUAAUGUGUGGAACCCGUUGGUGACCGUUGGUGUGUACUCCUCCACCAUGUCUGCUGCCAUGAGUAACCUGAUAGGGGCCUCUCGCAUCCUCUUCGCCCUGGCACGGGACGACCUGUUUGGCACGGUGUUGUCUCUAGCUAAGAAGACAUCUCACAAUGGGAACCCCUGGGUGUCUGUCCUCCUCUCCUGGUUCCUAGUCCAGUUGGUGUUGUUCACAGGGAAGUUGAACACCAUCGCCAGCAUUGUAACCAUCUUCUUCCUGCUGGUGUACGCAGCUGUGGACCUGGCCUGUCUGGCUCUGGAGUGGGCCUCAGCUCCUAACUUCAGGCCCACCUUCCGUUACUUCACCUGGCACACCUGUGUGCUGGGCAUCGUGGGCUGUGCUAUCAUGAUGUUCCUGAUCAACGCUAUCUACGCCUCAGCCUCCAUCGCCUUCAUGCUGCUUCUACUGCUGCUCAUCCACUACCUCAGCCCUACCAGCAGCUGGGGCUAUAUCAGCCAGGCUCUCAUCUUCCACCAGGUGCGUAAGUACCUGUUGAUGUUGGACGUGCGUAAGGACCAUGUGAAGUUCUGGAGACCCCAGCUGUUGCUGAUGGUGUCUAACCCUCGUAGCAGUGUAGGUCUCAUCACCUUCAUCAACGACAUCAAGAAGAGCGGUCUCUAUGUCCUGGGACAUGUACAGCUGGGAGACCUGGACACGUUACCGUCCAACCCUCUCCAGUGCCGUUAUGACUCAUGGUUGUCUCUGGUGGACCACCUCAACAUCAAGGCAUUUGUCAACCUCACCCUGGCUGACUCAGUACGGCAUGGAGUCCAACAUCUACUCUUCAUCUCUGGCCUAGGUGGGAUGAGGCCCAACACAUUGGUCUUGGGUUUCUAUGAUGACUGCACUCCCAAAGACAAACUCACUGACCCCGCCCUCACUGCCACCGUCCCCACUCAGGACCCCGAGGACGAACGCCCGCCCUACCACUUCCCCACCCUGCGGCCAUCCAAUGAGGGUAUGGGGGGAAACGGAAAAGUCAUGGGACCCCAAGAAUACGUGGCGGUGAUCGCAGAUGCCAUGAAGAUGAUGAAGAAUGUAGCGCUAGCCCGCUACUUCCACCAGUUCGACCGGGCCUCAACCAUCUCCUCGUCCCCAGGGAAGGGUGCUCUGUACGUGGACGUGUGGCCCGUCAACCUGCUGAGACCAGACAGCUCCAGCUAUGUAGACACCUGCUCCCUCUUCCUGCUCCAGCUUGCCUGUGUCCUCAACAUGGUCCGCGCGUGGCGCCAUGCUAGACUCCGCCUCUUUCUAUGUGUGGAGGAAGGGCGGAGCCUGCGAGGCUCUGAGGAAAAGCUGGGUCAGCUGCUGAAGGAACUGAGGAUCAAAGCCAAUGUGUACACUGUGCCCUGGGACCAGCAGGUGGCGCUACACUGGCAGAGGCAGGGUGAGGCGGGCAAGAGGAGGCCUACCCGCCAGUCACAGAGAGAGGAGGAGGGGCUGGGGAAGAGGGGGUUGUUUGAGGAGAAGGGAGGCGACGGCGACUAUGUGAAUAGCUUCCCUAGCAACGCCACAAGGCUGUCGGAUGAGUAUCUGUUGGCGGUUAAUAGGUUGAUCCUGGAUCAGGCCUGCCCCCCUCCGGCCGUGCGUUUCCUGUAUUUGCCCCACCCCCCGGCUGACACGCAGCACUACACGGCCUACCUCCGCCAGCUAGACCUGCUCACCGAGGACCUGGGUCCUACCCUGCUCAUACACGGGGUUACACCUGUCCUCACCACUGACCUCUAACACCUGAACUCUCACCAACUGUCCGACGGACUAAUCUGGGUUUUGCGGAUGCCAGGAGAACGCUACUUCCCCAAAUGCAGAGUGCUAACUGUAAAGUUUGGUGGAGGAGAAAUAAUGGUCUGGGGCUGUUUUUCAUGGUUCGGGCAAGGAAAUCUUAACACUAAAGCAUACAAUGACAUUCUUGGCGAUUCUGUGCUUCCAACUUUGUGGCAACAGUUUGGGAAAGGCUAUUUGCUGUUUCAGCAUGACAAUUCCCCAGUGCACAAAGUGAGGUCCAUACAGAAAUGGUUUGUUGAGAUCGGUGUGGAAGAACUUGACUGGCCUGCACAGAGGCCUGACCUCAACCUGACCUUUUGUGAUGAAUUGGAACGCCGACUGCGAGCCAGGCCUAAUCGCCCAACAUCAGUGCCCCACAUCACUAAUGCUCUUGUGGCUGAAUGGAAGCAAAUUCCCGCAGCAAAGUUCCAACAUCUAGGGGAAAGCCUUCCCAGUAGAGUGGGGGCUGUUGCUCCACUCUAAUAUUAAUGCCCAUGAUUUUGGAAUGAGAUGUUCAACAAGCAGAUGUUCACAUACUUUUGGUGAUCUAGUGUAUUUCCUCCGUUCCCCUAUCCUCCUUAUGAAUAUGGAAGGUGUUGCACUGGCCAAAAAGUAAAUAAUAAUGCUUAAAGGGGACUGAAGUCUGACACUGCCAAGUCAUUGGAGCUCAGUAAAAGGUUUUCUUUUCUGAAAUCACCAUUUUUGUCUUUAAUACAGAAUCAGAAACGUGACCUUAAGUUUACAGUUAAAAUAUGAAAAUCCAGCAAUCUGUUUAAUGGGACUAUUAUGGAACUGUAGUCCGCUCCUCUACAUGGAAUCCCAUGGAUGUUUACUGAAGGGAAAUCUAUUCUAUAUAGAUCUAUCUCAUCUCCAUGGAGCCCUUCUAUUGGACACUACACUCCUAUGCAAAGAAUGCUGGGGUAUGACCGGUACUAUACAGCUCAGUAACUUUUUGCUGGAACACGCACAUUUUAAAAGCACCAUCCAAAUCAUCAUGUUUCAAAGUGUUUAUAUUGUAACUAAAUAAAGCUAUUUUGUAACA